AUGGAUUUCGGAAACUAUAACUCGUCAAUACAUCUUUACUCCUGCUCAGCACCGGCAGCGUCUCACCAUAUGAUCCCACACUCAACACCAGAAAACGAUUUCUGGACAGCCGCGGGAUGGGGCAGCUCAGGAGCACAGGCCGGACGCAUAAGCUCACCCUCAUACCCGGAAGAUCCAUCCGAAAACUGCCAGGAAGAUUUUGAAUAUGACGAUUGCCCAUUUGAGUUCAAUGACUCGGACGAGAGCGAUUGCUGCAGCUCCAUCACCGACUCGAUCCGAGGCCAUGUCUACGAGGAUGGCUUACGCUACCACGCCUAUCAUGCAGGAAAAUAUGCGUAUCCCAACGACGAGAACGAGCAGAGACGUGAGGAGGUCAAGCAUACCAUGUCCAUGAUGCUCUGUGACGGGCAAUCCUUCUUGGCUCCCGUCGAGGAGGCAUUGGAAGAUGGUGGCCAGGUCCUUGACUUGGGAACUGGUACUGGGAUCUGGCCCAUGCAGUUGGCCGAAGAGUACCCCGAUGCAGUCAUAACAGGCGUCGACCUGUCACCCAUCCAGCCCAGCUUCGUCCCAGAAAACGUGCGCUUCUUCGUCGACGACAUCGAAGACGAAUGGGUGGACCCGGAGAACAAGUACGAUUACAUCCACCUGCGCUUCGCACUACAUACUCUCAAGGAUAGGAACGCCAUCCAAAAGGCUUCUCAGGAGAUGCGAGAGGCUGGGUUCGAGGAUGUCACCGAGAUACACCAAGAAGCUGCCCUUGGGCUUUGGCCGGCGGAUAAGAAGCUUCGACUUUGCGGUCUGUUUUGGCGAACGGCAGUUAUGGAUGGCUUGAAGGGAUUGUGCAGCAGGCCGUUCCAGGCUAUCGGGUUGACGCCGACGCAGAUUGAGUUGUUUCUGGCCGAUGUGAGAAAGGCGGUGAUGGAUGGGAGUUUCCAUACUUACUUUCCUUUGACUACUGUUUAUGGGAGGAAGCCGUUUGAUGCUUAG